AGAGAGAGAGAGAGAGAGAGAGAGAGAGAGAGUACACGCGACGCGACUUUCUUUUUUGUCAAAGAGCGAGACGUUCGUGUCGCUUCUUUUUUCUGGCUGGAACUUUGACUUAAACUUUAUGUAGUUGUGUCUCCUCGCUGUGAAAUCCUUUGAGAUGGGAGACACCGCGGUUCCGCUCACCGGUGUAAAUGUAGUGGGGAACAGUGGGACCAAAAGCAGAUCUCUGGUUUCCACCAUGUCCACAUCAAGGCGAGGAGCAACAGUGAGCUUCCACAACAUCAAUUACAGCGUGAAGAUGAAGAGUGGAUUCCUCUGCAAGAGGAAGAUCACACAAAAAGACAUCCUCAUCGAUCUCAAUGGCAUCAUGAAGCCGGGACUGAACGCUAUACUGGGAGCGACUGGAAGUGGAAAAUCAUCUUUUCUGGAUAUCUUGGCUGCUCGUAAAGAUCCUGCUGGUCUGUCUGGUGAGGUUCUGAUAGACGGAGCUCCACAACCUCCAAACUUCAAAUGUUUGUCUGGAUAUGUAGUUCAGGAUGAUGUUGUGAUGGGGACGCUGACCAUUCGAGAGAAUCUUCGUUUCUCAGCAGCAUUACGACUUCCCAAAACAAUCAGUCAGCGAGAAAAAGACGAGAAAGUUGAGAGACUCAUUCAGGAGCUCGGAUUGAGCAAAGUAGCUGAUUCACGGGUGGGCACGCAGCUGAUUCGCGGAGUCUCGGGUGGAGAGAGGAAGAGGACGAAUAUCGGUAUGGAGCUGAUCAUUGAUCCUCCGGUGCUGUUCCUGGAUGAACCGACAACGGGCCUGGACGCCAGCACGGCAAACUCUGUCCUCAAACUCUUGAAACGGAUGGGGAACAAUGGUCGUACCAUCAUAUUGUCCAUUCAUCAGCCGCGUUACUCCAUCUACAGGCUGUUUGACAGUCUGACGCUGCUGGCCGGAGGGCGACUGUUGUAUCACGGACCGGCUCAGAACGCUCUCAACUACUUCAGUGACAUCGGAUACACCUGUGAAGCUCAUAACAACCCUGCCGAUUUCUUCCUGGACGUCAUCAAUGGAGACUCGACGGCCGUCACGCUCAACAAGUUAAAUGACGGCGAGGAACUGGACCAGGAUCAGCUCACUUCAUCUCUGAAGGGAAUCCAGGAGCAUUUAGUGGAGGAAUACAAGAAAAGCUCAAACUACAAAGAAACUCAAGCUGAGGUCCAGAGGAUCAUUCAGGGUAAAGAUUACAGCACACGACCCAAAUCCAGAACCAUCACCUACAACAACUCCUUCUUUCAUCAAUUCAACUGGGUUCUCAAGAGGACCUUCAAGAACCUUCUGCUCAAUCCUCAGACUUCAAUCGCUCAGAGUUUGGUGAUGGUUUUUCUGGCUCUGGUUGUUGGAGCGAUCUUCUUUGAUUUAAAAACUGAUGGAAGUGGAACUCAGAACAGGAUGGGUGUUCUGUUCUUCAUCACAACCAAUCAGUGCUUUAGUUCUCUAUCCUCAGCCGAGCUUUUCAUCACAGAGAGGAAACUGUUUGUACACGAGUACAUCAGUGGAUACUACAGAGUCUCCGUUUACUUUCUGACCAAGAUCCUGUCGGACAUCCUCACACUACGAACCAUUCCAGCUGUAAUCUUCAGCUGUGUGGUGUACUGGAUGUUAGGACUGAAAGCAACGGCCGAGGCAUUCUUUAUUUUCUUCUUCUCUGUUAUUAUGGUGGCGUACACGGCCACAUCCAUGACUCUGGCCAUUUCUGCAGAUCAGACAGUGACGGCCAUCGCAAACAUCUUCAUGACCAUCGCCUUUGUGUUUAUGAUGAUCUUUUCUGGGCUGUUGGUGAAUCUGACCACCAUUGCUGCUUGGUUAAACUGGUUAAAAUAUUUCAGUAUUCCUCGCUACGGUCUGACUGCUCUGCAAAUUAACGAGUUUAGGGGACUUCAAUUUUGUGACACAGGAAACAUGACCCUUGUAGAAAUGUGUACUACAGGAGAGAUGUUUCUACAGCAGCAGGGCAUUGAUUAUUCUGAAUGGGGUUUGUGGCAAAACCAUUUGGCUCUGGGCAUCAUGAGCAUCAUCUUCCUCAUUAUUGCUUAUCUUAAACUGCGCUUUAUCAAGAAAUUUACAUAAACACACACAAAUCUUCUUAUUUAAUAGCGGCAUCUGAUCAGAUUUAUAGCAGGUUAUUUUAUAUUACACUGGAUUUGGGUUGCUGUCAGAACUGUGUAACUAUUAUGCUCAUAUCUGAUAAUUAUGAAUAUUACCAUAGAAACUCUUCACCAAUCAUCUUGACUGCUCAGGUAUUGAAUGAAAGCUUUAAAUCUUUUGUCUAUGCACACAGUAAAUAAGGGUUGUGUUCAGGAGUCACUCCAGUUUAACAAAAAAGUUUGUUUUAUGCACUAUAGCUGUUGAAAAUAUUUCUGAAGUUUCUUUUUAAUAUUGUUAGUGUUUCAUAAUUAAUCUUAUAAUAGUGUUUAAUAGAAAAAAAAACUAAAAAUAAUGUUCAAGUUUAAUAAAAAUGUCAUUUUGAACAAAAAACAUUUUUGGACUGAAGUUUAUUCAUCUUGUUUAACAUUCAGCCGAUGUGACCUUAGAAACCGACACACACAUAAAUCAGACAUGACCUGUGUGUCUGUGUUAAAGAAGUCAUGAACUAAAAAAUACCUCAACAUUUUCUCACAAGUUUAAAAAACAGCAAAAUGCUUUGUCAGAUUUUGUCUCUACAAUAAACCUUAGUAGAAGAUCAACAUUUAUAGUGCACAAGUCUUGACAUGCACAGUUGACCUUUUAGUCAUAAUCUGUUUUUCAUUUUUUGUAGACUUUUGUAAACGUGAACUGUAUUGAUAAAUUGCUAAAUGGGAAUAAUGAAUGUGUGAAGUGUUAGAUGACUGUAUAAGACGUGUUGAGUGAUUAUUUAGUUUAACGUUGCACAAAAAUAUAUCAGGAUGUCCAUCAGGAAAAAUGUGAUGACUUUUUUGAACCUUUUUAUUCCCAACUGUAUUUGUACUGUAAAUAUAUAUAACACAAUGUGUGUACAAUUUAACAGAAAAAAAUAAAGGUAUAAAUGUCCUCUCAA